GAACAAAGUUCGUCGACGUGAACUCAACUGAUUUUUCAAGCAAGCUCGUGGUGGGGAAGGGUUCAUAUUUCUUACACUUUUCUUAUUAUAACAUUUUUGUGAGUUUUGUAAAAGUAAUUGGUACCGCACCACAGACACUUUCAGUUUCAGUGGGUACUUCCAGUUGAUUCGAUAGUGAUAGUGGUUUAUGAAUUAAUCGAACUGCUGCAUUAGCGUACCUUAUUUGUGUUUUUGGUGCUUCGGUGUUUCAGACUUUCAGAGUUUGCGAUAAUUGAAAAUGGAAACAAUUUGGGAAGAAGCGGAGAUUUUCAUAAAUCUGGCUAAAAGCAAUAACACGGAUGUAUCAGAAAUUGUGAAAGUAGUGGUGGACAGGUACCAAACAGUCAUAGAUAAAAUAAGUGAUCCUCGAACAGCCGAUUGGCCGCUGAUGCAGAGUCCGGUUCCCACACUGAUGAUGGUUUUGGGUUAUCUUUAUGUAAUCAUUUUUCUGGGUCCCAGAAUGAUGGAAAAUAGAAAACCUUUCAAGCUGAGAGAAGUACUGAUAAUCUACAAUGGAGCUCAAGUAUUAUAUAGCUUGUUUAUGUUAUAUGAGCAUUUGAUGAGCGGUUGGUUCUGGGAUUACAGCUACAAAUGUCAACCGGUAGAUUAUUCGCAUAAUUCGAAAGCGUUGAGAAUGGCCAACCUAUGCUGGUGGUACUACAUUUCGAAACUCACCGAAUUUGCUGACACACUAUUUUUCGUGUUGCGUAAGAAGGACAGUCAAGUGAGUUUCCUUCAUCUUUACCAUCACAGUUUGACUCCGGUGGAAACAUGGUGCCUCGUGAAAUUUCUAGCAG